AUCUUAUUCAAAAUGAAAAUACAGAGGAAAAGGCUCUGGAAAACUGUUUUUACCAAUAUUGAUUAAGAGGGGCAAAAAAACACUUCAAUUGCUGGCUUGUCUUUCUCAUUGAUCUCUUCCCAUUCGGUUUGAUUCUACUAUCUCCCUAUCCCUCUUCUUCUUCGUCUUCUUCUUCUCCCUCACCUUCUUUACCGCUUUUGUUUGAUCAUUAUCCAUCCAUGGAGCUUGAAUCUUCCUGGCUCUUGCACGCUCUUUAUGCCUUCUGUUUUAUCCUUGUCUUCAUCAUCAUCGUUUCUCCUCGUUUUGCUCUCUUUCUCUACUUGCUGCUACUAAAGCUGUGGUGCAACUGUGAGAUAUGUGAUGCUUAUCUAAACUUGAGUUGGGCCAAAAGUUUUGAUAAUCUUUGUGAUUGGUAUGCUCAUCUCUUGAAACAUUCUCCGACAAAAACUGUUCCCAUACAUGUUCUUGGCAACAUCAUUACAGCUAAUCCAGAAAACAUUAAGUAUAUGCUUAAAACGAGAUUUGAUAAUUACCCCAAAGGGAAGCCUUUCUCUUUGAUACUGGGCGACUUUUUGGGUCGAGGCAUAUUCAACGUUGAUGGUGACAUGUGGAGGUUCCAGAAGAACAUGGCGAGUCUAGAGCUCGACAGGCUCUCUAUAAGAUCAAAUGCUUUUGAGAUCGUUCGAUGUGAGAUUGAGAAACGCCUUCUUCCUCUACUAGUCUCCUUCUCGGGCAAAGAAGAUGGGAUUUUGGACUUGCAAGAUGUUUUCCGAAGAUUUUCAUUCGAUAGCAUAUGCCAAUUUUCAUUUGGGCUAGACCCCAGGUGCUUGCAGCUGUCUUUACCCAUGUCAGAAUUCGCCGUUGCUUUUGACCUAGCUUCCAAAUUUUCGGCCGAGAGAGCCAUGGCUGUCUCCCCCCUUGUGUGGAAGAUCAAGCGGAAGUUGAAUAUCGGUUCUGAGAAGAAAAUGAAAGAGGCUAUCAAGAUCAUCGACAUUUUAGCACAAGAGGUAAUGAGGCAAAAGCGUGUAAAGGGGUUUUCAACUCAUAAAGAUCUUCUGUCUCGGUUUAUGCGCACUGUAGAUGAUGAAACAUACUUGAGAGAUAUUGUCAUAAGUUUCCUUUUAGCGGGCCGUGACACUGUUGCUUCAGCUUUAACCAGCUUCUUCUGGUUACUGGCGAAGCACCCAGAGAUCGGUUCAGCAAUCCAGGUGGAGGCAGAUAGAGUUCUAGGUCCUAAUCAGGCGCCCAAAAGUUUUGAGGAAAUUCAACAGCUUCACUAUUUGCAAGCAGCAGUGCACGAGAGUAUGAGACUUUACCCUCCUAUCCAAUUUGAUUCAAAGUUUUGUCAGCAAGAUGAUGUCUUGCCCGAUGGGACUUUUGUGAAGAGAGGAACUCGGGUUACAUAUCAUCCCUACGCAAUGGGAAGGAUGGAAGAGAUAUGGGGUCCGGAUUGCCUAGAAUUCAAGCCAGAGAGGUGGUUAAGAGAUGGCGUCUUCUUCUCUGAAAACCCUUACAAGUAUCCAGUAUUCCAAGGUGGAUUUAGGGUGUGUUUGGGUAAGGAUAUGGCCUUGAUGGAGAUCAAGAGUGUCUGCCUCUCACUGCUCCAACGUUUCCACUUCAAAUUAGUGUUUCCAUGCCACAGUACCCCACGAUUCUCACCCGGCCUCACCUCUACUUUUAUAGAUGGGCUCCUGGUUCUGGUACGCGAAAAGGUAACUCAACCCUCCCAUCGCAAUUAUAUGGUGCACGUUGAUUAGCAACUAUCCAAGGGCGCUAUUCGCCAAUGGGGGUGAAGGCGUGUAUUUCAUGGGGAUGUGACGUGGUAUAAUGGCCUACAUGUGCUCGAGCACCAUAACCAGAAUGACUGGUUACUGUCGGCAGAAAUAAGAAUCUAUCUCGUUCCAAUCAAUGGUCAAGCUUGUUUUAUUUCCACUGAAGAUAUGUAAAUAAUGUAGUGUUGUAAGAAGACGUAUACAUACUUACACACCUGAAGUACGUAGCUUGAUCUGCUUAUAUUUAGGGCACACAAGAAGCUUAAACCUUCCAUUAUCUGUAAGAUUAAGUAUGGACGCAUGUAAUGUCGAUUUCUAUCCAUUAUCACUUGGCUAA